GCGGAGCGGGGCGGUCCCGUCGCUUUCGGUGCGGGCGUGGCCACAGCUGCCGCGGGGUGAGGGUCCGCACAGCGCUACGCCGGCCCCGAACCGGCCGCGCAGCUUAAGAAAUGGCAGCACAGUGUGUGACUAAGGUGGAGCUGAGUAUUGCCUGCACAAAUCUUUUGGAUAAGGAUGUUGGUUCCAAGUCAGACCCGCUGUGUGUUCUUCUCCAGAGUAUGAGUGGUCAUCAGUGGUAUGAGGUUGAUCGCACAGAAAGAAUUAAGAAUUCCUUGAACCCUAAAUUUUCGAAGAAAUUUCUAGUUGAUUACUAUUUUGAGCUUGUUCAGAAACUUAAAUUUGGAAUAUAUGAUAUUGAUAACAAAACCAUUGAACUGGCUGAUGAUGACUUUCUAGGAGAAUUUGAAUGUACACUGGGACAAAUAGUUUCUAGCAAGACCCUAACAAAACCAUUAGUACUUAGAAAUGGCAGACCUGCUGGAAAAGGAAGUAUUACGAUUACAGCAGAAGAAGUAAAGGAUAACAGAGUUGUCUUAUUUGAAGUAGAAGCAAGGAAAUUGGACAAUAAGGAUUUUUUUGGAAAGUCAGAUCCUUAUCUGGAAUUCCACAAGCAGACUGCAGAUGGAAACUGGGUGAUGGUUCACAGAACAGAGGUUAUUAAAAACAACUUGAAUCCUGUUUGGAGGCCCUUUAAAAUCUCUCUCAAUUCUCUGUGCUACAGUGACAUGGACAAGCCCAUCAAGGUUGAGUGCUAUGACUAUGAUAGUGAUGGGUCUCAUGAUGUCAUAGGAAGUUUUCAAACCACGAUGUCAAAACUGAAGGAAGCAUCUCGGUCCUCACCUGUUGAAUUUGAGUGCAUCAAUGAGAAGAAAAGACAAAAGAAGAAAAACUACAAAAACUCUGGAAUUGUGAGCGUUAAGCACUGUGAGAUUGUAGUAGAAUGUACAUUCCUUGAUUACAUCAUGGGUGGGUGUCAGCUGAAUUUCACAGUGGGAAUAGAUUUCACAGGCUCCAAUGGAGAUCCACGCUCUCCCGACUCCCUUCACUACCUGAGCCCUGAUGGAGUUAAUGAAUACUUAACAGCCAUUUGGUCCGUAGGGAUGGUCAUUCAAGAUUAUGAUACAGAUAAGAUGUUUCCAGUCUUUGGAUUUGGUGCACAGAUUCCUCCUUCCUAUCAGGUGUCACAUGAGUUUCCUAUAAAUUUUAACCCAUCAAACCCAUUCUGUAAUGGAAUCCAAGGCAUUGUUGAUGCAUAUCGUGCUUGUCUUCCUCAAGUGAGGUUAUAUGGUCCAACCAAUUUUUCUCCAAUUAUAAAUCAUGUGGCAAGAUUUGCUGCUGCAGCCACACAGCAGCAAACAGCGUCUCAAUACUUUAUUCUUCUGAUCAUAACGGAUGGUGUUAUAACAGACCUUGAUCAAACUCGAACUGCCAUAGUUAAUGCUUCAAAAUUGCCCAUGUCCAUUAUCAUUGUUGGUGUUGGAGGAGCAGACUUUGAUGCUAUGGAAUUUCUUGAUGGUGACAAUGGAGUUCUUAGGUCUUCAUCAGGAGAACCAGCUGUCAGAGACAUAGUCCAGUUUGUGCCAUUUAGGAAGUUCCAAAAUUCUCCGAAAGAAGCUUUGGCUCAGUGCGUCCUGGCAGAAGUCCCUCAGCAGGUGGUGAACUACUUCAGCACCUACAAAUUGCAACCUCCUAAGAAUUCUGCUGCAAAGUGAGUGGGCUGAGUGGGGAAGCUGAGUCUUCAUGCCUUCUUUACUUGGUGUACCUACAGACUUUGUUUCUUGAGAUACUCUAUAUAUGUACAUAUGCACACCUCUGUGGUAAUGUGUUAGCUUUUUCCUGCAAAACAGUUUGCCAAGAGUGUCUUCUGAGGGCCAAAAUUGUAAUUGUUUUAGUAUUCAAUGUAUGUUUAUGGGAUAGAUCAUACAUGGAUGUGUUUUAUUUUGAAAACUAAUAGAGGGGGGAAAAGAAGAGAUUGACUAUGCAGAGAGAGGGGAUGCAGAGAUAUUGACUAUGCAGAGAGAGGGGAUGGAGAGCAGAAUGCCUGCCUGUUUGAUAAAUGUGGCCAGUGAGAGUGAUCAGUUACUUUCUUGAGUGGGGAUCAACACCAAGCAAUGCAAUUUCUCGGUGAUUGUAAAAACAAUCUGAUGUGAAAAAGAGGGCAUAUCUCCAAGCAGGUAAGUUUGUAUGUGCUGCAACAAAUCUGUAAUAUUUCAUGUUUUUGUGUCUACUAAAGCACCAUAAGAAAACUGUAUUACGGUAUUGAUAUAGUUACAUGAGUGCCAGAACAAAGUGUAGAAGUCCUCCUUGCAUACAUCAAAUUUGCUACUUUAGUGCCUUUGACCAGUGCCUUAGAUCUAAGACUGUGUGAAUAUGGGCAAAAUGUCUAAAAAUCUCAGAAAAAUACUAUUGGCCCUUGAGGCUACUACUGUAGAUGCUGUAACAUAUAUGUGAAUGAGAACUUCACUUAAAAAACAGGAAGUUCAGGUGUAACUUUCUCUCCUUUAAGUGAGACAGUCAUAUGCCUGUUGAUCUUUAAAGGGCCAGGGCAUAUCAGGAGGUAGAAAUUAACAUUUUAACUGGAAAACUCUGUUUAAUAACUGCAUGUUAUCAUACAAAGCUGGUUCUACUUUAUAUUGAUUUUUGUCAUAUUUUGAGUCGCACAUUUUUCUGAUGAGCUCUCAAGAGCUAGUGAAAAGUGCCUGCAGAAAAUAAUCUUUCCUCUUCCAUCCCUAGCAGGAAGUUAUAAGUAAGUAUCUUUGGGAUUUUGGAUGGUCUAGUUGUAGCAUGUUACAACAGAAUGAGCUAAAACUGAACUUAACCUUCUUGGGCACCCAAGGUGGCACCAGUUUAUGGUGUAUGUGCCUUUUCUGGCUGCUGGAGUUGCACUGUUCUUUCUCCACAUAUGCAUAAUUCUGCCAAAAAUCUGAAUUCAUGUUAAUGCAUUAAUGAUAAUGGAUGAGUAUUGAGAUUGCUUUAUACAUCCUGUAGGUUGGUCCAAAGGUUCCAUACACAGCUGACUAUUUACCAAUCAUCAAUUUUUCUUGUUGGAAGAGGGACCUAAAUUGUUUUAGGACUGAGAUAUAAGAAAGAUAUUUUGUUUUGUAUUAAGUCAAGCACUCUUUAAAAAAA